ACUAGGAUGCUCUUGAGCGCGGUGAGAGGAGGAUAAUCUGCCCACGGAUCAAGCGCUCAAGAGCCGAUAAAGAGCCGCCAUCUGCCGCUGUGAGCACCGCUGUCUGCCGCUAUACAUGUGUUUAUGGACAACAUGGAGGAAUUCAGCGUCGAGUAAUGCGAUCAAAGCUUCAGCUGGUGCAGAUUAAUGUGGAGAGAUGAAAAUGGGAGCGAGGGAUAUCCAGACCUCUCCGAUGACGGAUUGUACAGAGCCUGUGAUGGGAGCUAAAGGUUUAUCCUGCUGGCUGUAGUCUCUUCCUGGUGGAUCGUGUGGUGCAAGUCUGUAUCCUCUCGGCACACAGACACCAGGUCUUCAGGAGUUCAUCCUUUGCCUUGAGGGUAACUGUGAGAGCAAGGCAUUCUGGGAGUACCAGACAGCUCUGAAUGUGGUGGAGCCUCAGCUAUCUGCAGCCAAAAGGUCUAUCCAAUGCGGCCUCUUUAUAUACUGAAGCCCAAUUCACAGGCAUCAUGAGUGGAUAACAGGGCGUGCCCAGAGGCGGAGCUUAGGUUGAGGGGUGGAGCCUCAGCAGUAGAUGGGCGGUUCUGACUGAGACGAAGGAUCUAUAAAUGAUGACCAGCCUUUUCCGCCGGAGUAACGCAAACAGUAGACAUGGAAGUGCCGCUUCAGGAGAGCUCAAUAACAGGAGGCCUCCACGCCAGGUUCGGCGUUUGGAGUUCAGCCAGGCUAUGGACGACUUUAAGACGAUGUUUCCUAGCAUGGAGCAUGAGGUCAUCGAGUGUGUCCUGAGGGCCAACCAUGGUGCUGUGGACUCCACCAUUGACCAGCUCCUGCAGAUGAGCUUGGAUAGCCAGGCUACUGAUGACAGCUCGGAUUCUGAGGACAGCAUUCCUCCAGAGAUUCUGGAGAGAACGCUGGAGCCGGACAGCUCAGAUGAGGAGCCUCCACCCAUCUACGCCCCGCCAUCCUACGACAUGCACAUCUACGACAGGAAACAUCCCGCAGAUGUUCCCUCCACACCACCACCCCGGUUCAAUGACUAUCCUCCUCCUGGACAUCAGCAGGUGGGCAGAUACAGGAACUGGAAUCCACCGUUAUUAGGCAACCUCCCCGAUGACUUCCUGCGGAUCCUGCCUCAGCAGUCAGAAAGUCUUCAGCGCUCUCAGAGCAGCCUGUCUCAGCCCUCGUCGUCCUCCUCCUCAUCGUUGUCGUCUCUGACGCAGCUCUCGUCCAGCAGCGGUGCCUUGUCAGGAGGCGUUUGGCCCUCUGAACAGGACAGAAAGUUGAAGCAGUACUUGGAGGACGAGCGAAUCGCACUUUUCCUGCAGAAUCAGGAGUUUAUGAAAGAGCUGCAGCGUAACAGAGACUUCCUCAUAGCUCUGGAGAUAGAUCGUCAGAGGUGUGAGAACACACAGUGUGGUCAUUCAUCUGCUUGCACGGAGAACUCAGCCGAAGGUGAUAACUGUAGCUCUGAGGAGGCCUGUUCGUCUGCCUCUGAUGAUGCCUUAUUCCUGGAGAAACUCAAGCACAUGGGCAAAUCCACAAGGAAGAAGCUUUUUGAAAUUGCUCGUUCAUUCUCGGAGAAGACCAGAAGGAAGAAGUCUAAAAAGCGAGCUCUGGCCAAACAUCAGUCAUAUCCUGCUCAUGUUUCCAGCCUUGACAGUCACUGCCAGAGGGUUGCGCCUACUCUGGGCUCUGCAACCUCCACUGUCAAUCUCCUGGAUGAAAUUGAGGGGCUGCCACAGGCUGAGGAUGACAGCCAUCAUAAACGACCAUCAGGACGGGAAGAAGGAGAAGAGUCAAAGGAAGUGAUGUCAUAAUGAAUAUGAACUGCAGCAGCAAGUGGAAAGCAUCCCUGAAAAGGAAAUCAUCAUCAAGAUGAAGACUAUUAUUAAUCUCUAUUAGUUUCCUGCAAUGCUUAAUGAAACCUGAGCCAUGAAAUCAUCGUAGUAGUUAUUGUCUGUGACAUUCUGGAUCAACGGUUUAGUGUUCAGAAGACAGGGAGGUGUUAAUAAGACUGCUCAGUGCUGAGACUCAGGACUCAGAAACAUCAACAAGCACAAAAAAAAACCUCAUUGCUCAGCUUGAUAAGAAAAUCUGUGUUUAUCUCAGGAGAACUCUCAUGUUUAAUGCUCUGUACAUUUCUUAUUUGAUUAGAUAUGUCUUUGAUAUCUGGGUGAUUGAUUUCUGAAACUAGCUGUCAGGUUUAGUUUCUAUGUUGGAUUCUUUUCAAGCUACUCGCGGUCUUAAAAAAAUCAUGCGUCUUCAUCAUUCAUUUCUGACAUGAUCAUUCAUGAUUUCAUUUUUUAGUGAAGUAAGAUCUGGUUGUGUGUAUUUGCAAUGGGAUAGUAGGCUAAUAGUAUUUAAAAAAUGUAAUUUUCAGAGUUUAGGGCUGUUAGCUCAUUGUAAAUUGCUAUUGAUUUUCAGAGAAUCAAUUUGUUUGUUAUUAAAUAAAUUACGUUUUGAAACCAA